ACGCAGCAGCAGCAGCUACUUGUUCAUCUCAUAUCAUCCAGGCUAGUUAGUUACCAAGUUAAGUAGCCUACUUAGCCGAUCUGUAACACGCCACACUUCGCUAGCCAGCCACCAUUAAUUCUGAAACCGAUGGCUGCUGCGCAUGCCUUCUUCUCCUUCUCCUCGGCCGAGCCGGUGCUCCAUUCGGCUUCACCGGUAGCUGGAAAUGGUGGCCGGAGCUGCCGCAACCAUGGCUUCUUCCGCCCUUCGACGGUGAUAUGUCCCGGGCGGGAGCCUGCGUCCCAUGGGCUGUCCGAUGAUUUUGACUUCCAGGAAAGCCUAACGAAUGUUCAAGCAUUGCUGCAUCACCAUCCGACGAGUGGACGAGGCUUAUUGACCACUGUUGAUCACCUCAAGCGCCUCUGCAUCGACCACUAUUUCCAAGACGAGAUAGACACCAUCAUGGACUCAUGUGCGGAUCUCAUCCAUGGUGACGAUCUGCUUGAUGCAACCCUUUCAUUGAGGUUGAUGAGAGAAGCUGGAUAUAGUGUUUCGGCAGACGAUGUUCUUCGAAAGUUCGCACACGAUAAUGGUGAUUUCAACCUUGGGCUGAGCAAAGACAUUAGAGGGCUGCUGAGCUUGCAAGACAUGUCACACCUCAACAUGGGAGAAUCAUCACUCUACAAGGCAAAUGAAUUCUCAAGCAGGCAUCUUAGAUUUGCAAUUAAGUAUUUGGAGCCAAACCUUGCAAGAUAUGUGAGGCAGUCAUUAGACCAUCCCUAUCAUGUGAGUCUGAUGCAAUACAAGGCAAGGCACCAUCUAAGCUACAUGCAGAACUUGCCCACUAGGAACAUGGCAAUUGAGAAUCUGGCACGUGCAGAGUUUCGGAUUAAGAAGUUGCAGCAUCAGAGGGAGAUGCAAGAGGUUAAGAGAUGGUGGAUGGAUCUAGGAUUGGCUCAAGAUGUACCGGCUGCAAGGGACCAAGUUCUUAAAUGGUACAUGUGGCCCAUGACUGUUCUAGAGGGUUUCUCCUUCUCUAGAUAUCGGAUCGAGAUCACAAAGAUCAUAUCCAUAGUCUACAUUGUGGAUGACAUCUUUGAUCUUGUCGCCACACAAGAGGAGCUCUCUCUCUUUAAUGAAGCGAUCAAAAUGUGGGAUCUUGAAGCUGCUGACUCGCUUCCCAACUACAUGAUAUCAUGUUAUAAGGCUCUUUACACCACUACUAAUGAUAUUGCCUAUAUGGUCAGAAAAGAGCAUGGAGCGAACCCUAUCAAUCAUCUCAAGAAAGCUUGGGCAACUUUGUUUGAUGGAUUCAUGAUCGAGGGAAAAUGGUUAUCUACUAAUAAUGUCCCUACAUCCGAGGACUACCUAAGAAACGGAAUCAUCACCUCAGGAGCACCACUUGUUUUCCUACAUCUUUUAUUCAUGUUGGGGCAUGAUUUAAUAGAGGGUAACAAAGACAACAUUCAUCGGGUCAUCUCCUGCCCUGCAAAGAUCAUGAGGCUCUGGGAUGACAUGGGUAGUGCAAAGGAUGAAUCACAAGAAGGGCUAGACGGAUCAUACAAAGAGUUAUACCAGAGAGAAAAUCCUCAUGGUGAUGCCGAUGAGCACAUGCUGGAGAUGAUUGCGAGCGAAUGGGAGUGUCUGAACAAGGAAUGCUUCUCUGGGAUGAAGUCAACAUUAUCGCAUAGCUUCAUCACGGCAUCACUAAACUUUGCGAGGAUGGUCCGCGUCAUGUAUGGCUACGAUGACGAGCAAAAACUCCCCAUACUUGAGGAUUACACCAGGAUGUUGCUCUUCUAAAUGAUGCAUUCUAGCACAUUGUAUAUAAGUCUUAAUGUAGUGCAUCAUUUAUUUUGUAGGUUGCCAUCUAGGAUGUUGACUAGCAUUCUACAUCAUUACCAUAUGUGUUUCAAGUAUAAAGACGAUAAAUAUACCCGAAGGCCAUAAAGUGUUGCGGUGUGUGAUAAGAUGCAUAUGAAUUUAUGAGA